AUGCUUAGAACAGUAACAAGGCCAUCUUUGGCACUUUUCAAGAGACGUUUCUUUCACAACUCCGCUGUUACGGCUGCUGCUUCUGUCUUCAAGAUGCCAGCAAUGUCUCCUACUAUGGAAGAAGGUGGUAUUGUUGGCUGGAAGGUUAAAGCCGGUCAGGAGUUCGCAGCUGGUGAUGUUAUUUUGGAAGUGGAAACAGAUAAGGCGAACAUAGACGUUGAAGCACAAGACGAUGGGAUCUUAUGGGAAAUCAUUGAACAAGAUGGUGCUCAUGGGAUUCCUGUUGGGAAGCCUAUUGCCUUACUUGCAGAGCCUGGUGAUGAUUUGGCUUCCUUGGAAAAACCUUCGUUUGAAGAUUCUGCCGCUAAGCCAACUCCAGCAACAUCAGAAGCUGAAGCAGCACCUCCAGCUGAGUCCUCUUCCAAGUCUGCCACAGAAUCGCCCAAACAAGAAGAAACAAACACAACUAAAUCCAAAGGUUCUUCAGAGGUGUUCUCUUCUGCCAAUCCUAACCAGAAACUCUUACCUUCAGUAGAGUUACUACUUCAUGAAAACGGAAUUAAUGCUGAAGAUGCCCUUUCGAAGAUCCCUGCUUCUGGACCUAAAGGUCGUAUUUUGAAGGGUGACGUAUUGGCUUAUUUAGGAAAGAUUGCCAAUGAAUCCAUUGAACAAGUGACCGCAUUCAUUAAAGAACGAGAACAUCUUGAUUUGAACAAUAUUGUACUUGCUGAACCCAAAAAGAAGACAGAGGGAGAACCAUCUAAACCAAAAAAGGCCAACAAGAGUGAAAAACCACCAGCACCAAAAAAUAUUGUUAAGUUUGAAUUGACCGUGGCUUUGGACUCCGAAGUAUCACCAAAUACUUUCCAACAUGCUUUCAACAGAACUCUUAGUGCAACUGUUCAUGAUACCUACGCCGCCAAGUUCCCUCAAUACCAAAACUCACCUUCUGCAGUUGGUACUUUAACCGCUAAUGAAAUUUUUGAUGAGCUUCUUGCACCAUCAGUUUCCAAAUCCAGAUUCAAUGUUUCUGUUCCUAAAUUUACUUUCCAUGAAUCAAAGACAGCUCCAUCAUCAACGUCAUCACCAUCUCGUACAAGAUCAGAUUCUCUUUUUGAUGAACUUGUGGGCUUUACUCCAUCCCCAUCACCUUUAAGUCAAAUGGUUGCAACUACAGUCGUACCAUCUGUUGAUGUUACUUUUGAACUUACUCUUAAUCUUGGUGUCAAUGAUGCUAGAACUUUUGCCAGCCAUUUUGAAUUGCUUUUACUCAACAAAGUUCCUGCCUCAAGAGUCAAGGUGUCUACAUAA